AUGGGUGGACACCUGGCUGAAAUCCUUGAUAGGAGCGCCCAAGAUUUUAUAUCCGACGAGGUGAAGACAGUUUACGGAGAUACCAACAAGCAGUGGUGGAUAGGCGGACAUGUGAAUGGUCCGGAAGAGCCACGAUCAUGGUUCUGGAUAGACAACACAAGAAUUUCAACUACCCAGUGGGCAAUUGAUGAACCGAACGACUUCGAGCAAAAAGAAGAUUGCGUUGAACUUUCCAACUCUACCGAUUUAAAAUGGAAUGACGAGAACUGUGGCAGUGCUAGGCGCUAUGUCUGCCAGUUUGGAUUGCCGUCUUGUGGGGAUCCUGGGGAGCCUCUUCACGGAUCCAGGACUCCUUCUGACACCUCCACCUUUCUAGAUGGAGCGACCAUAGAGUACCAGUGUGACCUGGGAUACGAGGUCAAAGGUAGUACAUCCGCUACGUGCAUGCUGAACGGCAGAUGGGAUACAGAAAGACCCGUAUGUGAAGGUGAGAAUCAGUUCUGGUCAAUUAAAUUUUAUAUGUAUCUGUGA